GUGCAGCUUAUAAUUGUGAAAUUACUGUAAUUAGCAGCUUCCUCUAUGGUCUCCAUCCAGAGCUACCAGAGACAUGGUCCCUUGUCCUCUGCAGGCAGGGAUAAAGCAGAUUUCACUGGUUGCUGCAGCCGUCUCCAGUUCAGUGCAGAUGUACUGUGCUGGUAUAAUUUAGCCUUGGUUUAAAUGUACCUGAGGAUAUCAUGUCUGCAAACCAGUCAUGCCUUUCCUAGGGUUGCAAGAUAUAUCACCGUGCAGAAAGUUGGUUUCCUUCUGUCCACUCUCAUCCACUUCUGCAAAUGCUCCAUGCCUGCUCCCAGGGAGCCAUGAAAGGCUGGGUGAAGUGCUUCAUCACUGCUGCACAGACACUGUGAAUGUGGCCAUGCUGAUGUAGCUCCCGCAAUGCAGACCAGCCACAACAGGUGCCAGCUCUGCUCUUCCAGUGGCUUACCAUAGGGUGAUAUGCUGCACAUGGCUAACAGUGGUGUUGUUCUGUUCCACUGCUGUCAGACUCCCCUUCAUAACCAACUCUGCUGGAGUGGUAGCUUUCCACUUCUCAUUAUUUUGCAUGGGCCAGAAAGAGAUGGGUGGGACACCAGCCUGCCUCUUGGCCUGAUUUCUGGCACCUAAUGGUGUGGGAUGGCAGAGAGUUACAGAACACACUGCCCCAACUUCUACUGCUGGAUCUCAACAGAGAACACUAACAUGUUGGCUGCUGGAGGCCCUUUCCACAGCAGAAGUGUUGUGUGGGAGUCCUCUUUCCCACAAGCCACUUCUGUGGAUGCAGGCUGUCAAACAGCAGUUGAUCAGCCAGGCUCUUGCUGCUGGAUGACCAGUUGGGAUAUCUCAGGGAAGAAGGCAGAGAGUAGCAUUCACCCCAAUCUCCAAGGACACCCCAGUCCCAGCCACCCAGUUAGCGACUGUGAAGGGGACUGCGGAGCAAAACCAUUCACCGUGUCAGCACCCAAAACAGGUCUCAGGAAUGGCACUUGCACAUGAGCAGCCCAGCCAGAUGCCUACAGUGGACAGGGCUGUAGAUAGAAGAAAUCUUUUCCCCCAAUAACCCUAAACAAAGACAUCUUUGUCUCCCUGUCAGUUCUGCAUCCAAUCUUCUGCAGCUUAAUCAGGGCUGGAGCACAACAUGUGUUAAAGGAAGCACUGGAAAUCAUCUGCGUAUCAAGUACCUGUCUUGUACUUCUCCAUAGGGAACAUGUGAGUACACAGUGCGAGGAUCCUGAGGGAUCCCAGAAGUCAUCUCAAUUCCUGUAGGCAGGGUAAGACCAGGACAGCUGCUGCACUAGCUGCACUAGCAGCAGUCCACAAUUCGUGUCCACAGGAAUUCCUUCCUGUGCUCCAUCCAUGGACAUUGCUUCUCAGUUGCCUGGUGGUGUAUCUGCUGAGUGCCUCAGUAUCCUGGGAUGUCCUGGGCUGGCAUGGGGUGAAGAUCACUCUCAGGGGCUGCUUUGGUUCUGAAAUUCUGCUCAACACCCUUGAAGGAUUCAAUGGAUCUGGUAUUUUCAUAGGCAUCAUUUUGCUUCUCCAAAAGGACCUGAGGUGUCCUGACACGUGUGCUAAUGACAUCACAAGCACAGUCUCCUCUUUUACUAGAGUUGGGGUCUGUAGUGAGGAAGUGGUCACUGGGUUGGUGAUUGUGAUCUCUCCUUGAUGGAAUUACCUUUCAGCUAAGGAUGCACUUCCCACCUCUCUCUCUUGGCUCUAUCAGCAGUUUUACCUCUCCGGUGAUUUCAAUCCCUGCUAUGUUGCCUGUUGUUGCUUUGGCUGAGUGUGUUUGAGACAUUUUUUGGAAGGGUUCAUGAGGCAUCUACCCUUCUGUCUUUGCCUACAUCUGCUAAGGUUGAUACACAGCUUCUUGAUAAAUCGUACUUUGCCUUGAGGAGUUAAUAAUUGGUAACAGCAUCCAAGCUAUUGUUUGGGCAUGUUUGCUUUUCUAUUUGGUCCCUUACAGUGAUCUGCAGCAUCUCACUUGUGAAGGACACUGAGUCUCACAAUCUUGCCACAGCUGCUAGCUCAGCCUGGAGCUGCCUCUGUUACCCAAUGAUGGGUAGUGGUGAGUGAUGAGGGAUGGGGCUACAAUAUGUGGAUGAGCUAACUGUCUCAGACUCUGAUUAAUCAGACAGGACCAGAGCGGUGUUAACUGAGGGGGUGACCUGGUCAAAGGAACCUCCUCUGCUGUUUGAUCUUGGGAACUGCUGUCUACUUAGCAAGUUCCUCACUCAAGGCACCGAGGAGGUCUAGUGCUGCCAAGGUACCAGCUGACCCCAAAGUCUGAGUGUGAGCUCUAUGAGAAGCUUUCUAAAGCCAUAUGCUAUCAGUAAAGGCCCUGCAGCUUUGGGCCAGUGUCUCACCAUCUGCCAGGGACUGCUGAGACAGCCAGAGGCUGCCAGCUAAGGCUGGCACAUUAAAACGUGUUGCAGGGGUGCGUGCAGUGUUCAGGAUGAGCGGUACCUGGUGGCCACUCUGAGCAUAUGGCACAGUGCACCUGUCUCCUCAGAAGCUCUCUGACCUAAUGCAAGGCCUGUGGUACUCUGUCUCUGCAACAGACCGCAAAGUCCUGACGCUGUCAGAUCGAUCUCAUGUCGUGGCACCCGCAGUACCGCAGCUCCAAGUUCCGCCACGUGUACGGCAAGGCUGCCAGCAAGGAUAAGUGCUACGACUGCGUGCCCAUCACCCGCAACGUCCACGACAACCACUUCUGCGCUGUGAACCCCAGCUUCAUCGCCGUGGUGACCGAGUGCGCGGGCGGCGGCGCCUUCCUCGUCAUUCCCAUCAAGCAGACAGGAAAACUUGACCCACAUUAUCCCAAAGUAUGUGGGCACAAAGGAAAUGUUCUGGACAUCAAGUGGAACCCAUUCAAUGACUUUGUAAUAGCUUCGUGUUCAGAAGAUGCCACAGUUAAAAUCUGGGACAUCCCCUAUCAGUUGCUAAAAAGAAACAUUACCACACCGAAGAAAGAACUUCUCGGGCAUGCUCGAAGAGUUGGUCUGAUUGAAUGGCAUCCCACUGCUGACAAUAUUCUCUUCAGCUCUGGCUAUGAUUACAAGAUAAUGAUUUGGAACCUUGAUGUCAAGGACACAGUUCUUUCAAAGCCAGUGAAGAUUCUUGAUGCUCACAAAGAUGUGGUCCUCUCCAUGUCAUUCAACACAGAUGGCAGUCUCCUUGCCACUGCUUGCAGGGACAAAAAGAUACGUGUGAUAGACCCUCGUGCUGGAACAGUGCUACAGGAAGGAAGCUACAAGUCUCACAGAGUCAAUAAAGUCUUAUUCCUUGGAAACAUGAAAAAGCUGUUUUCUACUGGAACAUCUUUGUGGAAUAAUAGGCAAAUUGCAUUAUGGGAUCAAAAUAACCUUUCUGUGCCUUUACUGGAGGAGGAUCUGGAUGGCUCCUCAGGAUUGCUGUUUCCCAUCUAUGAUUCUGACACACACAUGCUUUACGUGGUGGGAAAGGGUGAUGGAAACAUACGGUACUAUGAGAUAAGCCCUGAGAAACCAUACCUGAACUACCUGACGGAAUAUCGUUCUCCCUUGCCACAGAAGGGAAUUGGAAUGAUGCCAAAGAGAGGUCUUGAUGUGGCAGCUUGUGAAAUUUUCCGUUUCUACAAACUGAUUCCAACUAAAAGCCUGAUUGAGCCCAUCUCCAUGAUUGUGCCUCGACGGUCGGAAUCAUACCAGGAAGAUAUCUACCCCUUGACUGCAGCAGCCCAACCGGCACUGACAGCACAAGAAUGGCUCAACGGGGUUAACAAAGGGCCUCUCUUGGUAUCCUUGAGACCAGGCUCUGAAGCUGUGAACUCCCCGCCACAGUUUCUUGAGCCAGAGCCAUUCACGAAAGCUACUGACCUGAGCCAGCAACAGGGAGGAGGAGGAAGGGUAUUACUGGAGGACAAGCAGAAGCCAAGAGAGAUUGAAGAUGUCAGAAAAUGGCCGAAAGUGGAGGAGAAACUGCCAAAAAAUGAACAAAUGUGCCUCUCCAAUGGCUUUGAUGUAUUUGAGUGUCCACCACCAAAAACUGAAAAUGAGCUUUUACAGAUGUUUUACCGGCAACAGGAAGAAAUCCGUCGACUACGUGAGUUGCUAAUCCAGAGAGAUGUCCAAAUUAAACAGCUGGAGCUGGAGCUCAGAAAUCUCUGCACGGACACAGGCAAUUACUGAGGUUGCUGGCCUGCAACUAUUUGUACCCCUGGACACAGGGGGAGACUCCAGUUCCUGCAGAUAACUCCUCCUAGGUUUCUUACAGGGGGUAAAAUUGAUAUUUCAGGCAGCAUGGACUUCCCUGGCUUGUGGUGGUCACAUUUCCUUAAUCGUCACCAGACAAUUUUUGAUGGAUUUGCUGUGCUUCUUCAGGCUCCCCUUGCUUGCCUGCUCACCAAUGUCAGAAGCUUGUGUGUUAAUCCUAGUGAGAGACUUUGGAAAAUCUUGCUCUUCUGGUCUUGGAGAAGCUACGUGUUAAGCUCUAGGAAUUGCCUGUUUUGCUGCCCCUCCAAUGACAGGAGAAUGGGAGACUGAAGGCAGCUGCCAGCUUCUGUUCUCACCCUGGGGCCUGGCAAUGUGGCUCCUGUGGCCGCUGUCCCCUUGCCAGGGGGAGUCCACUCUGCUGAGCUUCAGAGGCACCUCUAGCUCCAAAGUGAUCCUUACACUCCCCUCUCCCCCCACAGCUUGGCCCUGCUCCCAGGUGGAUUGGGAAAGCCAUGGCUGCCCUGACCUGGUGCUGGGGAUAGUCCCGCUCUGAGUGGGAGGCUGCACUGGGGGUGCCAAGGGCUGGCACUUUUGUGAUAGGAAAAGGGGAGUCGGUGUUGGAGGUUGUGCUUAAAAAGGUUGGUGCGGGCUAGUUCUCACCAGAAAAGCUGAAGAGUCUCUGUGUCCUGGGAGUCAGUGGCCUUCUUUCCCUCCUUCUGCCAAAGACCAGCUGCAGUCAACUGGGGGUCAUCAGAGAUAUGAGGAUAUUUAAAGCUGCACAGUAUUGACAGCGGGGGAAUUUUCCAAGAGGGUUUAAAAGGAUGAGUGGGGAGUUGGACCCCCAACCCACUGCAGGCAUUUCAGCAAUGGUGCUAGAAGUGUUGUGUCAACCACACAGUAAGAUCACAGGGCCGUGGCCAGUCCUGAGCAGCCCUCCAGGGUUACUGGAGUAUCACAUAUCCUUAAUGCCUGCAGCAGCUGCUUCCUUAGCUCCCAGGUGCCAGCACCUUGUCCCAUUCCUGCAGCUGUCUACAGCUGCAGGUUCCCUCUUGCUAGCUGUGUUGUCCAGCCCCCUGCUUUCUGUCCAGCUGCUCAGCCUUCCUCAGCCCUGUGGCCACGCUGAUCUGUGCCCUUCAGCACCAGCUCUCUGGCUUGAUGCUGGACCUUAUGGAGAUGUCUUAAACCCAGGCAGAUCAAGCAAACACUGUUUAAUCUGUAACUGUGCACCUCUGUUGUGGCACAUAGAAAUCACAGAAUCAGCUAGGCCCAGGGAAUACAUCUAGGACACAUCCUUGUCACCAAAUGCAUUUUGGCUGCAUUUUUUUUUUUGCUUAUUUUUUUCAUACAAAAUAAAUUAUUUAAAUUAUUUCCAAAGUAAAGUAAUUUUUUCCAGGGGAUUUUUACAUCAUAUUGAGGACUGUUUCUUUGUUAUUCUAUGACUGACUAGCAUAGAGAAUGGUUGGCCACUAUGGUUCUUAUCCUAGGGUUGUGUUGAUUUCAGCGUUUAUGGAAAAGAAGGUGCUUUCGUUUAGGCUUUAGUGAGACUAUUUAAUCAAAACUUCUUUUUUAGACAGUAUGCCUGUAAAAGCGUGGACUGUGAAAUGUAUUUAAAUUUGGAGCUUAACUGCAACCACUAAUCUUUCACAUGGAAAAAAACUCGAGGAAAUGGAGUUACGCGUUCAUGAUCUGUGCCUAAAUAGUCUUGAGUGAUUAUUCUAACAGUUUCUAGAACUCCUAAAGCUUUGUAAAAAAACUGUUGAACAUGGGGAUAAAAACCAAAUCUGUGCAAUGAAAAGCAAAUAUAACUGAAUAAUAAAUAUAUUUAGAGUUUUACUUUUUGAUACAUGCAAGAUUGUUGUUUUAUUAUUGUAUUGUUGAAGAGACUGAAACUUAAGCUGAAUCAAGAUCAGAAAGGAGUGUCACCUACUGUCUCUUUCACUUGUGUCAAGCUGUGGCCUUACACUAGUAGGUGGGCUGUACACAGUGUUAUACCCAUGGCCCUGCCCUGUCUUUUUACAUCUUUCCCAGUUGCCCUUGAUGCCACAAAGGGCUGGCCAUUUCACACUGUUCUGAAUUGCUGUGUGUGUUGCCUCGAGUAAACUGAGUCCUGCUGGAGAUGCAUUCUGUGUGGUGAGGUGUCUGCUGCUGUCUUGCAGUCCUGGCUCUCCUGUGCAGUACACUCUGGCCAGGCUUUUUUAGAUAUUCCACAUGAGGAGGGUUUAAUAUAUUAUUACCAAAAUUACUUACUUGAAGGUGGGAUUUUGAUUUAGCAGACUGAAGCAGCAUGGACAAUACAAGCACAAUAUAGCAGCUGCAACCUCCAGCUGGAUCAGAACACAAAGGAAAUUCCCAUUACACUUACUGCCAGGAUGCUGGAUAUCUCCAAUCACUAGGAAAAAAUGUGUGGGCUGAAGCCUGCUGAGGUCUGUAGCUCUCUUUAAAGCUCAUUUUGUUGUUUUUGUUUUGCUUUGUUUUGCUCUGAUUCACCGGGGCAUAGUAGCUGUGGUGAAAAUAUGAAGAACCAUCACCUGUGCUCAUGUGCUUGGAGCUGUCUUUCACUGUAGUGGUUUGUUGAUCCCUUACAGCUUUGGGUGUGGAGUCAUUCAUGGCUGCAUUUGACGUGUAAUUUUAAAUGUUUUUGGUAGCAUAUUUUAGUGUAAGGGAAAAAAAUGGAAAUUGCUGGACGAAGACUAUGUCAUGUUGUGAGGACACUGUAACCUCCUGACCUCCUGGUCUCGUAAGGAACCUUGGGCUGGUGAGAGUGUCUGGGCAGGCACUGUGUCCCUCCUCAGGGGCCGAUGCAGUCUCAGUGCUCUGAGCAAAGCCUAUAAAAAGGCAGCAGCAGGCAAAUUAGUAUGGGAGGCAGAGGAAGAGCCUGCAGCGCCUUUGCAGCUACGGUGUUACAGCUGCUUAACCUCAAAGAGAGACUAAAACACAGCCCUGCAGUGUUAGCUUGCCUGCUGGAUUUAGAGCCACAGCACUUCACAUCUUCACCCUCUACUCCAUGCCAGCUGCCAAAUGCAGAAUAAAACAAUAGUUGUCAUUCUCACUUUAUUUUUCGUCUUGGGAGGCUAUACCCUUAUGUGCUCAAGGGGCUACAAGCAGAGGAGAACAUGGAGAUGAUGCCCCCUCAUUUGCCCUGUAGUGGGAAGCAGCAGAUCACCCUUGUUGGUCUUGGGCUGGGUAGCAUCCAUCCCUAGCACAGGGUGGCUGUGAGCUGCAGGGGGGCACUGAAGUGAAGUUGCAGUAUCAGGAAUUGCCUCUUGGACAUGCUGCAGCACCAUUUCAGAGAUCUCUGAGCUUAUGCUGGAGCCACUGCAGUCUAUCUACAACUUGUCUGUGCUGGGGAACCCAGGACUGACUUGGCAUUCCUCAUAUGGCCUCACCAGCACUGAGGGUAGAGGAAGGACAAAUUCCCCUGAGCUGCUCUUAAUGCACUUCUAAAUACAGCUGAGGAUAGUGUUGGUAAUUUUUGCAGGAAGCCAGUGUUGCUGACUCAAACUCAGAUUACUGUCCAGCAGGAUCUUACAGAACUUCUCUGCAAGGCUGCUUGUCAGCUUCACAAGUCCCCAGCAUGUGCCAGUGCAAGGACCUAGUCCCCUUUAACUGCAGGAUGGUGCAAUUGUCCUUGCUGUGCUUUAUCACAUUCCUUCCAGCCCAGCCCUGUAUUUUUCCUAUUGAGAUGCUCCCAAAGGUCAGCACAACUGUCUGCUUCGCCUUUUGCUCCUUCCACUUUUACAUGGUCUCUAAACUUGCUUGAAUCUGUGCUGUCCCUUUCUGCAGGUCACUAAGGGUUCAACAGUUUGGAUUUGUUUUGUAAACAUUUUCUAAUUUUUUGCUCAGAAGUCCAGGUAGACUACUCCCGAGCACCUUCUGAUUCUACAUGCCUUUGUAAAUGCUUUCCAGGGGAAUUUUCUCCAACAUCUUCCAAAGGAUUGCAUGCGGCUGUACUUCAUCUUCCUUUCACAGUUAGAAGGCAGGGCUGAGAGUCAGCCAUUUGCAACUUUUCCCACUCACCUGCACCUUUCAAAGAACGCUGAGAGAGGCCUUGCAAUGCCACUGGCCUUCACUUGCACACUUGGGUCAAACCCAUAUGGCUUCACAAACCUGUAUGCAUACAGGGUGUUGAAGUAUACCUUAACCUCCUUAUUUUGAACCUCCCUAGUCCGGUACACAACAGGUAUCUACUUAUCUACCUCAACAACAUCCCUUUUUCUCUGCCAGCUUUCCUUCUCCUUAGAACCUAGUUAUUUUCUUCAGAUUCUCACCAUGGCUGCCAUACUUGUGGGAAUUAGAAGUCUGCUAUGAACAGCAGCUGUGCAACCUGAUGCACAGUUUCUGCUGAGUUCUCUUUGGGUACAAUGGAGAAAACUGCUUGGGUGUCUGUGCUCUUCAGCAGUGCUCUAAAGCCUGCUAGUUACACUUGAUAAUUCUCAGGUCACCCCUGGUGGUGUCUUUGGUACCCUUGUGAAAAGGCACUACUGUGUAGUAGAAAUCCAGAUAAGCCUUGGUAGCUUCUGCACAACAAAAGCCCCACACAAGCAGCAAACCUCCCUAAAUCUGAUCAGCAGAUAUCAGGCUUCUGAUCCCUGUGGUGGACAGCAGAGUCCUCUAUCUAUCACUUGUCACUUCCUUCCAGUUGUUUGAAGUGGCCCACAUGCACCUAGGAAACCCCUUGUUGUUGGUCCUGACAAGGCUGGGACUGAGACUGCGUGGUUAGAGCUACCACGCUCAAAAAUCUGCUCCUCCAAGCUACUGGCAAUUGCUGCUUCUGUCAGCAAAGUAAUCUCUCCUGAGAAAGAUCUUUGUGCAAAAUUAGAGGAAAAAAGUUUAUGAGUUUAAUUUUCUGUGUCACAACAUGACACACAUUAUGCCCAGUUCUGUCCAAAUCCGUCUUUGUGAAAAAAUGCUUCACAAUAAUCUGUUUAAGCAAGUUCUUAAAAUGACUGCAUACAUAAAUGAAGAUUGGUUCCCCUUCUGAUUUUCUCUCCUCUUGUUUUGGCAUGUUUUAUCUUGAGUAGAAAUUUGCACAUCCAAUAACUGUGAUCCAACCAUAAACCAACCAUGAGGAUUAUCUUAAUAGCAGAAAGUGAUUUUUGUCUCUCUCACUGCUUAGCCAUGAGAUAUGGAUAGCAUAUGUGAGGGGCAUUAGAAGUGGGUAGAGGCAGCAUAAUUUUAUUUCCUUUAACAGUAGAGAGCUUGGGCCUUCAUCUGCUUUGAAUGUUGCCUCAUAUUCUUCCCUCUGUAUUAGAGUGGGUGACUGGGCUUCUGAGGACAAAGCUUUUCCUGCUUUGUGUUGGAUUUGUUGCUUUAUAUUUUCAACAUCUUGACUCGUGGGUCCAUGGGAAAAUACCAGAAAAUACCAUCACUACCUUGCCUCAGCUUCAGAUCUAUCUGUUUUGCAUGCCAAAGUUAAAUCUUUGCACUGAUUCCAUAUCUCUGCAGGACUUGAUGUGAACAAUUUUGAGCAAGGAACAAAAAAUUCUGGUGAGUAAACCUGAGGGGCAGUCUGUAGGGUAUAAUUACCUAAAAGUGAGGGUAGUGUGUUUUGAAUCAAACUUUACUUCCUGCUGAUAACCUUUACAGAACACAUCAGCUUCUUUAAAGCUUAACUUCUGGGUCAGUUGCAGUGUAUCUGAUUGUGAUACAAAAUGUUUAGGUACAUUUUUUGCCAGGGCCUGGGGCUAUGGAUUCUUCAGUUUUCACAAAGAUGUUCCUACAGAAUUUUUUCAUGUGAGUUUACCUGAGCAUUUAAAAAAAUAUAUAUAUGUUUAAUAUGUCCAUUGUGAUUUGUGAGGCAGCUUGUUUGGGAAGAUUUAAGUGAAAUUCUGCUUAAGCACCAUUUCAUGAACAAGGGCACAAGAUGCUUUGUCCCAGCAGGAAAAGUGGUAGAAGUAGCAACAUUUGCAGCAAGAUGCAAAAUAAGGAACUGAUUUUACUUUCUAUUGCUGCUGAAAGUGGUUGAAAAUCGAUUCAAGGGAGGGAUUGUAAGUGUGUUCUCAAGGCUCAGACACUCUGAUCUGAAGUGUAUCACACCUUCAUGAAAAGUGUGCCACCUUUCAUGAAAGUAACAUACAAAUAAACACCUGGCUCAAAACAUGUGCUUCUCUCCCCAUUGGGAGGCAAAUACAGCAGACUUGUUUGGCUAUUCAUUUGAAUACCAGAAAGGAGCAAAUACCCUUUCAGCUACCUAAAGAUGACCAUGUUGCUAUAGAAGAUGUUCCUUUUACAGGAGCAUUUUAGCUGCAGGCGCCUUCGUAUGCCUGGAAAGGAGUUUUUAUUAGUUAUCACAACUGAAACAAUUGGGUUACUAAUUUUGGGAAUAUGUGGCUCUUGGAACAGUAUCUUUUAGACAUCAGAGAGGAAAGGCCACCACCCAGUUCCCUGAUAAAGUUCACUGUGGUUUUUUGCAGUCAAUUAUAAAACCAACUGAGCACUGAAGAAAUGGAAAUUAAGCGUAUCAGUCUUUUCUGCCUGUCUUACUGGAGUAUGCCCAGUUUUCUAAUCCUGUGGGACCACUCAAAGUUCACAGAAUGCUAAAUAAAGUUUCCUAAUGGUUAAGACAGGGUUUUAUCUUCUGUAUCACACCUCUAGAGCUGGGCUUGGGAGUUCCAGCUCUUGCUUUCCCCACCUCCAUGUGAACCUCUGCAGUCUCACCCCUUUCAGGAUGGCUCUUGUUUCUAAGAGGGGGUGCUUUGGGGAACUUCUGUUCUGUACAGGUCCUGUCCUACAGAGAUCAUCAGGUUUUUCCCAGACUCUCCUUGCCAUACUAGACUUCCAUACUGGAAGUCUGUGAAGCAAGGCUUGUAGUGUGAACUUCCUUGAAGGCAUUGUUCCAGAGGAGAGUUUGGUACCAUUUGUUCGCAAGAUUGACUCUGUACCUGCCAUUUGUCUCCAGCUGCAGGUAACCCAGAGUGUUUCAGCUCUUCCAUGCUGAUACUGUGCUGUACUGGGCUGCAUUUCACACAAAAACCCUUAUGAGAGAACAAAAGCUAGUUUUAGUUGCUUGUGCCCCUUGACAAAUUUCCUUCCUAAUGCUUUGUUCAAGGUGGGGAUGACAAUUGGUGUCUUUGUCCUGUGAAUCUGGGGCCUUGAGGUUCUUUGCCUUACUUCCUCUAUCCAUUGUCCCUUCUCUCAGUGGGUGGUUACUUUUUAAAAUUAGUAUGUAGCUGAUCUUUGGUUAUGUAAUCGAUGCUCCGGUCCAAAAGCACAAGACCUUGACUUAAACACUUGUUUAAAAUAAAUUCCUCCUUCCAAAUCAGUGAUUUGUACCACUUUUUUUAAAAAACCCGAGAGUUUGGGAAUCAAUGCAUUCCAGAGAAUUUAUGUUUCACUAUCAAAAUGGUGACAGAUCCUUACUUACAUCUGUUGCAGCUAUCAGUGCCUUCAGCUGAAAUCGAAUGCAAAGUCCCACAAUCCAAUACUUCAUUGAUUUCUACACCUCUUUUUCUUUAUGUGCUUGAUUUCUUUGUGGGUAGACUUUAGGGCUUUUUUGUGUUAUUGUAAGGUUGUUCAAUUAGGGAAGAAAACCCUCACCUUCAGUAAACAUUAACCAGAAUUCUGUUCUGAAGAGAUUUCUCUGCCCUAAAUGUAGCAUUAUCUCAGACCAGAAGAGGGAACUAUUGUUUCAUGUACGGUAAGUCCAAGCAAAUAGUUUAGAGCAUAUUCCAAUGUGAAGAUGAAAAGAUGAAAAUGGUCUUCUCUAGAGAUAAUAAACAAUGAGGUCUGAAAAUUGAGAUAUUUAGAGACUUCAACAAAACAACAAAAUGUCAGAGCAUACAAAUGCUGUCUAUCUUUGCUUUUAGAGUACUCUUACAAUGGUGAUUUAUAUAAAAAUGUGUAAAUAUAAUUAAACUGUUUACCAUAGAAUAGGAGCACCUGAGAUCACACUCACUUUGUGACGUGGGAAAUAAAUUAUAUUAAUUGAAUUAUUUUGGUAAUGUACUUGGGUUUAAUUUGAUUUUAUGUUAAGUGCAUGAGCCUUUCUCAGGAACAAUAAAUGCUGUAUUAAAAAAUGGAUCUCUUCAUUUGCAGCUUUCUGCUAUAAGCCGUUGCCAAAAAUCAGAGAGGAGGAGUGUUUUCCUACCCACAGAAAUUUACUGAAGUGAACACUGGCACUUCAAGCUUGUAUGUUGUAAAUGCCUCAGUUUCUUUAGUAAUCACUUAUUGAGAGUAAUUCUGUUAUAGUCGUAUUAUUCAGUUCUUGUAAGUACAUGCUGAGACACCUUAACAGCCAGUGCCCUUGUAUCUGAUUGUUGUCCUUGGAGAAGGGGCUUCUUUCUUACAUCCUCUCAGCGAUGAGGGUAUGUUUCAGUUGUUAACUAUAUUGUUUUUAGCCUAUAUGCUCAACAUUAAAUAAAACAUUUGUAUCCCAAUAUAU